ACAGCAAAUUAGAAACUACACGCGAGAUAAUAACUCAAAACAGUUGUGAUUUUAAUCUGAAUAAGUAAAGACCUUUAAAUCAAAAGUUCCUAAACAGCAGCAUCAAACAGAAAACUCUAAAUAUUGAAAUAUAAAAAUUCCACAAUGACACAACAAUUGUGGGGUGGACGUUUUGGUAAAAAUGCCGGUAAAACUAAUGAAUGUCUAGCCACGCUUAACUGCAGUUUGCCACUGGAUUCGAGAUUGUUUGCCGAUGAUAUUGAUGGCAGUAAAGCCUAUGCAGAAGCUUUAAAAAAGGCCGGCUAUUUGACAGCCGAAGAAUGUGAAAAGAUUUUAACGGGUCUAGAGUUGGUGCGCUAUGAUUGGAUUGAGGGUCUUAUGAAAUUUUUACCCUCCGAUGAGGAUGUACAUACGGUCAAUGAGAGACGUUUAACUGAGCUUGUGGGUGAGGUGGGUCAACGUUUGCAUACCGGUCGCAGUCGUAAUGAUCAAGUCAUCACUGAUAUGAAGUUAUGGUUGCGCAAAGCUAUACGUGAGACCUGUUCUAGUAUGCGCAAGCUAAUGGAGAGUAUGACUCAACAGGCCCAACAACAUUUGGGUGUUCUAAUGCCGGGCUAUACCCACAUGCAACGCGCUCAAACUGUACAAUUUUCACAUUGGCUUUUAUCGCAUGCUUUUGCUUUGCGUGAGGAUUGUCUAAGAUUCUGUGAUGUACGUAGUCGUUCUAAUGUUUUACCCUUGGGCAGUGGUGCUUUAGCCGGUAAUCCAUUACAAAUCGAUCGUGUUUGGUUAGCUGAACGUUUAGGUUUUGCUGCUGUUACUGCCAACAGCAUGCAUGCUGUGGGCGAUCGUGAUUUUGUUGGUGAGUGAGUGUUUAAGUGAGAG